AUGGACGAGGAAUCGAGGCCCGCUGCGUGUCCUGAGCCUCCACCGCUCCCAUACUCCUUGCGCUCGAGGAAGAAGUCCAUCGCCAUCUUCUGGACCAUCUUCAUGAUUGAUACUCUGGCCCAGCCGCUUGUCCUCUACUGGGCGCUCUGGUAUGCCACUGAUCUUUCGCAUAACCUGGUAUUCAGUAUCGUGACGGCUUCGUUAGGAGGUGUAUCGGUAUUCGAGUACUUUUAUCGUCUCUACAACUUGUUCCGCAAAGACUCGCGAGCCCGUCCAUUGAACGCUAGGAAGGGAUGGCUGGAUUUCUUCCAUAUCAAUUUCACCAUCGUCUGGCUGAUACUGGCGAUUGAGCUAAUUGUAGGAACCGUUCCUCAAGAACCAUAUGUCCGACUAGUUGCCAUGGUCCUUCCGACGGUGAUGUUUUACUUCGGCAGCAUGUACCUGGCACUCGACAUCCUUCGUGUUUGUGGUGUUAAAGCGCCUUUUCGGAUUUCAUCAACGCCCAAAGGCUCGACAAUGCCGACCGCCCUAUAUGUUUUGAUCGAGGAUGUAGUGGCAGUUGAUGGAGGUGGUGGUCAGAUUUACCGAUAUGCGCUUCGCACCCGAUAUCUAUCUAGCCCGUACUUCCGGCGUAUGCUGUUCCAGAUGAACUGUUUCUGGGCUGGGGGAUCUAUCGUUGUCGCUGCCGCCAUUACGGCAAUCAUAUUUACUGUUUCAGAGCCGGUUGCAUACACUCUAGGAUGGUCGUUGCCGUUCGCAUGGGCUGGCCUCUGGACGUUGGUCACGAUACCUUGGGUCCAAAGCGAUCUUCGGCGCGAGAAAAAGGCUUGGGCAGAAAACCGGGGCCAGGGAGGUAUCCCGUACACCGAUGACCCUGAUGCGCCCAGUGGUGGUCGGACCAGGCUUGAGGCGAUGCAGGAUCAUCUGCCAAGUUUCGUGCCUUGGUUCCGAGAAAAGCAGGCUCCUCCGUCUACACCGAGUGAUCAUUGA